AUGUCGCUCCCACAGCCGCCUCCGGAAGCAACAUAUAUCUUCCGCGGCCAUGCGGCGCAGAUCCAUUCGACGCAGUUCAUAAGAGGAAACACUCGCCUCGUCACUGGCGAUGCGGAGGGAUGGAUCGUGGUCUGGGGUCUAGCCUCACGAAGAUCCACGGCCGUGUGGAGGGCACACAAGGCCGCCAUCCUCGGUGUUGCUGAAUGGGGAUCGGACAGACUAAUCACUCAUGGCAAGGACAAUAAGCUCAUAGUUUGGAAGUUCUCGGAAGAAGACGAGGCCUCCCUGAGCGCAACCCUCCCCGUCGAGGACCCAAUGACCCCCAGGAAGCAGCCAUGGCUCCUCUACGUACUGGACGUCAACUCGCUGAACUUCUGCUCAUUCGGCCACUGCAUUGCAAAACAACUUCCUGGUCCUAUAUCAACUGAGACCACCCCCUCACCUAAUCAAGAUGAACUUCUCAUCGCCGUCCCGAACACCAUGAGCUCCGAAGCCGUCGACAUCUUCCAUCUCCCCUCCCAGAAACGCUUAAUUACAGUCCCCGGGGACAAGGCCACCAACACGGGCAUGGUCAUGUCUGUCGCCAUCCUCUACGUAUCCUCACGGCUCACUCUCGUUGUGGGCUAUGAAAGUGGCCACACAAUGGUCGUGCAGGACAACCCCGUCAUUGGCUGGUGUAGGCUCUACCUCGCGCAGCCUCAUUCCCAGCCUAUUCUCUCCCUCGGUGUCACCUUGAACAUGGCAUCCUAUAUCACCAGCGGCGCCGAUGGAAUAAUCGCCAAACACCCCCUUUCCUCUCUAUCUCCUCCGCUAGCCCAACCUGUCCAGCCACAACCAGGGCCAACCCCUCAGAAGGUUCCAGUUAAGAACCCCUCGCUCCUCUCUGGGAUGUUCGCGCAGUACCCAUCCACUCCUUCGGCAAAGCCACCCAAGCCACCCGUGAAACCUGAAGUCGUUACGAAACCCCUGAAAGUCGUCCAGACGAAGCACUCUGGGCAGCAGAGCUUACGAAUCAGGAGCGAUGGGCGGAUAUUCGCUACUGCGGGGUGGGAUACCAAGGUGCGGGUUUAUAGCGUAGCGAGUAUGAAGGAGCUGGCGGUGCUGAAAUGGCAUAAGGAUGGAUGCUUUGCUGUUGCAUUCGCGGAAGUGAUAAACGUACAAGAGGAUAAAGAAGGGGCCGAUGAGGGCAAGUUGGAAGGGGGUAAACCAGAUGCAGAAUCUUUGGAAGGAGGUGAGACUGCGAUGACUGCACCUUCAAGACGCGUUGGCUUGGCGGUAUCGGCAAAAGAGAAGAGGAUACAACAGGCCACUCAAACGCACUGGGUGGCAGCUGGGAGCAAAGAUGGGAAAGUGAGUUUAUGGGAAAUAUACUAG